AUGGCCUUUGAGGAGCUCCUGGAUGAAAUCGGUGGCCUGGGAAAAUUCCAGAUUCUUCAGAUGGUUUUAGUUCUUCCCCCUGUCAUGAUAGCAGCCUGUCAUAUUCUACUGGAGAACUUCACUGCAGCCAUUCCUGGUCAUCGCUGCUGGGUCCCCAUCCUUGAUAAUGACACUGUCUCUGAUAAUGACACUGGAACCCUCAGCUCUGAUGUCCUCCUGAGAAUCUCUAUCCCAUUGGAUUCAAACUUGAAGCCAGAGAAAUGUCAUCGCUUCCUCCUCCCUCAGUGGCAACUCCUUCACCUGAAUGGGAGCUUCUCCAACAUGACUGACCUGGACACUGAGCCCUGCAUGGACGGCUGGGUGUAUGACCACAGCUCCUUCUCCUCCACCAUCGUGACUGAGUGGGAUCUCGUAUGUGAUUAUCAGUCACAGAAACCAUUGGUUCAGUUCCUGUUCAUGGCUGGAAUGCUGAUGGGGGGCCUCAUAUAUGGCCAUCUCUCAGACAGGUUUGGGAGAAAGUUGAUUCUCAGGUGGUGUUUACUCCAGCUUGCCAUCUCUGGGACCUGUACAGCUUUUGCUCCCACCUUCCUCAUUUACUGCUUACUACGCUUCUGGUCAGGUUGUUCUGCUGUGGUCAUCAUAACAAAUAACUGGAUGCUCAUUGUAGAGUGGACAAGAUCGCAGUCAAAAGCCAUGGUAAUAACAUUGAUAUACUGUGCCAUUAGUAUUGGACAGGCAAUCCUGGGAGGACUGGCUUUUGUCUUUCGAGAGUGGCGCACCCUGCAGCUGGUGGUGUCUGUACCAUUCUUUGUCUUCUUUCUCUCCUCCAGGUGGAUGGUGGAAUCUGCACGGUGGCUGAUUAUCACCAAUAAACCAGAUGAGGGCUUAAAGGAACUUAAGAAAGUUGCACACAUAAAUGGAAUAAAGAAUGCUGAAGCAACCCUGAACAUAGAGGGUUUGAGAGCUACCAUGCAGGAGGAGCUGGAGGAAGCACAGACCAAAACUACUGUGUUUGACUUGUUCCGCACACCCAACCUGCGUAAAAGGAUCUGUCUCCUGCUCUUUGUGAGAGUUGGAAGCACAAUACCCUUUUUUGGCAUCUUUAUGAAUCUACAGCACUUUGGGAGCAAUAUUUUCCUGUUCCAGGUAAUUUUUGGAGGUCUCACUGCCUCAGCCCGGUGUCUUGCACUUCUAGUAUUGAAUUAUAUGGGCCGUCGACCAACCCAGAUGCUUUUCAUGUUCCUGGUGGGACUUUCCAUUUUGGCCAACACGUUUGUGCCCCAAGAAAUACAGCCCCUGCUUGUGACUUUGGCAAGUGUUGGAAUCAGCUGUGUUGCUGCCGCUAUAACCAGUUAUUCUGUCCACUGUAAUGAACUCAUCCCCACUCUCCUCAGGGGAAAAGCUUUGGGAUUAGAUGUAGUGGCUAGUAGGUGUGGGUCAGCAUUGGCUCCGCUCUUGAUGACCCUAGUGGUGUAUCUACCCACCUUGCCCUGGAUUAUCUAUGGAGUGUGUCCCAUUGUUGCUGGUCUUGUUGUCCCUUUCCAACCUGAAACCAGAAAUCUGCCUCUGCCUGACAGCAUCCAGGAUGUGGAAAAUAACAAAAAGCUAUCAAGAGAAGCAAAUGAAGAAGAUUUCUACAUAAAAGUGACAAAAUUUUAAGUGGAUUUCAUGAGAUGACUGAUUCCAUUUUCUGGAAAUGACUGAAGACUGUGUAGCAGGCUUGUUUUAGCUUGUUUAGAGAAAGUGUACACACCGAAGCCCAAUACUGAUUUUACCAUUCUGACCCUUGUUGAGGACCACCUGUUCACAAUGGCCUUUGAGGAGCUGCUGGAUGAAGUUGCUGGCUUGGGGAAAUUCCAGAUCCUUCAGAUGGUUUUAAUUCUUUCUUCUCUUAUAAUAGUAAUAUGGCAUACAUUGUUGGAGAACUUCACCGCAGACAUUCUUGUGUCCCAAUCCCUGAUAAUGACACUAUCUCUGAUAAUGAUACUGGGACCCUCAGCCCUGAUGUCCUCCUGAGAAUCCAUCCCAUUAGAUUCUAACUUGAAACCAGAAAAAUGUCAUCGCUUCCUCCACCCCCAGUGGCAGCUCCAUCACCUGAAUGGGACCUUCCCUAACAUGACUGACCUGGACACAGAGCCUUUUGUGAAUGGCUGGGUGUAUGACCAAAGCUCCUUCUCCUCUACCAUCUUGACUGAGGUAAAGGCCCCAUUACUUCUCAUGAGUGUAUGGUUCGUGUGUUUACAAUAGUAUAAAAUAAACAUGGUUCAACUGUUCAGGAACUGAGUAGAUAAUGAAGCCAACUCUCUUUCAUUCUUUUAGGAAAAGUGAUUGCUUAUCUGUUUAAUUG